CGAUAGAGGUCGAAGAGGGCACCUCCUCCUCCUCCUGGCCUCGCGCACGCUUUCUCGACGCACGAGCUCUUCCACGAGCCUCCUUCCUGCGGAUCUCCUUCCUCUUUUUUUUCUUCCUUUUUUCCUCCACUUUCUCUCUCUUUCUCACUCUUUCUUUCUCUCUUUUUCUCUUUUUUUUUCCUUCUCUCACGCUGCUUUAGUGACGACGGUUUCGGCAAUAGGAUAAUUUCGUCCGCCGGAGCCGACGGAUUUCCAUCCGCGAAGUAUCGUUCCGCGAAGUCGCCGGUAACGCAUCGUGAUAACACCGGAAGAUAGUAGGAGGGAAAAAUGCGUCGUCAGCUCUCGCUCGUCCUCGGGAUCGUCCUGCUGGGCUGCCUUCAAGAUUACGCGUCCGGCGCGUGUCCCAGGAUAUGUCCGCCGAGCGGCGAACCCGUCUGCGGCAGCGACGGUGUCAUAUACGCGUCGCAGUGUGAAAUGCGGAAGAAGAUGUGCGGAAAGGGCGUUACCGUGGCCACGGAGAAGACGGCCUGCCUGAGGUCAUCCGGUAGCAAGUGCGAGCACCGCUGCCCGGGCGAUCAGGAUCCGGUAUGCGGCACCGACGGCCGUACCUAUCUCAACAAGUGCAUGCUCCGGGUGGAGAUCUGCCGGGUCGGCAUCGAGCUGUCUCACCUCGGGCCGUGCAACAAUAUUUCGGCCCACCGGGAGAACUGCCCGGUCUCGUGCGACUACGCGCCGCUCGACGGACCGGUCUGCGGAAGCGAUGGCAACGUUUACAAGUCCACGUGUCAGAUGAAGCUGCUCACUUGCGGGCAAGGCGUCGUGCGUACGAAUAAGAAGCACUGCCAGACCACAAGACACUGCCGUGAAACGUGCUGGCGCGGUGCCAGGCCUGCCUGCGGUAGCGACGGCAUUUUGUACUCCAACACAUGCAAAAUGCGAGCGAAGAACUGCGGCAAACACGUCUUCGAAGUGCCGAUGUCGUUCUGCGUGUCUCGCGAACGAACAUCCGGAAGCAACGCGUGUCCCUUAGAAUGCAAGAACGAGCCGGAAGUGUCGGUGUGCGGAUCGGACAGCAAUAUUUACAGGAACGAAUGCGAGAUGGAAAUGCUAAACUGCGGGCAUGCAAGGAGAAAGAUAACGGUAAUCGACUUCGAGAAGUGCCGAUCCCGGCUAACGAAAUGCAUGAAGCAACAGCAGAAGUGCGGAAGCGAGGUGGAUCCGGUUUGCGGUAGCGACGCGAAUACCUAUCCGAAUCAGUGUCACAUGAACGUGGCGGCUUGCUUAAAAGGCAUCCAAUUGGCACAUGUUGGCGAGUGCACGACCUUGAAAGAGACCGAACAGUGCCCCGAAGACUGCGCCGAAGUACCCGAGGAACCAGUUUGUGGAAGCGACGGCAACGUUUAUCGGUCCCUUUGCCAUCUGCGGCGUGAGACCUGCGGGCAGAGAGUGGUUCAAGUGCCGGCACAACACUGUCGCACCACCGCGCUCUGCAACCAGAUCUGCAGCGGGGAGCGUCAGUUUGUUUGCGGUUCCGACAACAAGCUCUAUCGCAAUGAGUGCGAGAUGAAGAGGGACAAUUGCGGGAAACACGUGUACGUCGUGCCUAUGAAGCGAUGCGUCCAGGGUUUCCUGUUCCGCGGCUGCCAGAAGAUCUGCCCGCCUUAUUACGAUCCCGUGUGCGGCACCGACGGCAUGACGUACAGCAACGAGUGCUUCCUGGAGAUCGAGAACUGCCGCAGCAGGAGUCUCGUCACGAAGAAGUACCACGGCGUGUGCGGUCAGCCGACGGAGGAGCCGAAGAAUUAUCUCUACUGAGCACGAUCCGAGCUCGCGACACGGUGUGAUACGAGAGAGGGAGACGGGAAGGGGAGAGAGCGAAAUCGAUCGACGAGAUAAUUCGGCUCGUAUCGCCCGGAAUCGGGGAAGCGACAAUCAUUCAGCAUUCAUCCGACACGAAUCUCCAAGUGUUUUCAACCGCUCCGAACGGAAUCGGCCGCCAAUUCGAUGAUUUCCGAUCGAUCGAGUGCUCGCGCUGUCCGUACACGUCUCAUUCGUCGCUCUCAAAACGCCAUCCCAGACAAGCGUAAUGCGAUAGAGAAUAUAAUUUUCACGCGAAUUCGAUUCUGAUUCCGACCCGAAACGCGCUGACAUUCCGCAGGGAAAAAAAACGCGAUCGUGGGAAAACGAGCCUCUUGCCAGUCGCAAACCGCAUUGUUAUUGUAUUGUUACUGCUACUUCUACGAUAAAUAUACUACCGAUUACCGAUCCUUUCCCGGAUAAUCGCGCGACCGUAAAAUGAUCCGCGCAAAAUUACGGCAGAAUCAAUAUUGCAAGUCAAAGCUGAUCGAGAAUUAAUCAUGCGAAAUAUUUCACAGAAAAUUCAUCAAUCCUUUUGUUUUUCGGGAAAGGGUCGCCAAUCGCGUAUCGAUAUAGUCCUUCCGAUAUCUUUGCACAUACUUGACGGUAUAGUCUCAUUAUUAUUUAUUAUAGCAUUAAUCAUAUACGAUGCGAUUUCAUGUUUUUUUUUUUUCCUCCACAGCUGCGCCCGUCGUUCUUAUUACGGCUAUUAAUGUAUCAACGCGAUGUUUGCCAGAGCGUAUUCUUAUUCUAGGGGAAUGUUGUGCUACUAUUAUCUCCUUCCGAUAAGCGAUGUGAUGUGUGUUCAUUUAUUUUAUUACUAUUAUUAUAUUAUCAUUGCAAUCUUAAUUUAUUAUCGAAGUAUGCGAGAUUCCUUUUUUUCUGUAUCGACACUAACACUGUAUACGCUUCCAAACGUCAAUAAUAAAUCAUAUAUGUAUAUUUUAAGAUAUAAAAGAAAUCUGCGUGAAUUAUACGCAUAACAAUAUCGAGAAAAA